CUUAAAAACAUUUUUAUGUCUUAUAGUAUAGGUGGAGAAUCGCUUGCCGUAGCUCAAAAUACGUACGCAGUCAGAUGGUUUAAAGAAAAAGAAUUAAAUAUGGUGUUUGGUUUGCAGUUGAGUUUUGCAAGAGUUGGAAGUUCUGUAAAUUUUUGGGUUAUGAGUCACAUUUACAAAUGGAUUAACAAUUAUUUUACUGGCUACACGUGUUUAGGGAUUGUUCUUUUUAUAGCUUCGAGCACUUGUUUGCUAUCACUCUUAUGUGCUUUAAUUUUGGGAUAUUUCGAUUGGAGGGCCGAGAAGAUCCUUGAAAAUUUAUCGAAUGAUACAGGAGAAGUAAUAAGAAUUAAAGAUGUGAAAGAUUUUCCUUUAACAUUUUGGCUGUUGAGUAUUAUCUGUAUAGCAUAUUAUGUGGCUAUAUUCCCCUUCAUUGCGUUAGCCACUGUUUUCUUUUCGAGGAAAUACAUGUUUACGCAGGAAGCUGCUAAUAGUCUAGAUAGCAUAGUGUAUAUAAUAUCGGCAGCUGCAUCGCCAGUGCUUGGAUUUAUCGUCGAUAAACUCGGAUAUAAUCUUUCUUGGGUUUUAGCGUCUGUUAUUAUAACACUAAGUUCACACAUGUUAUUAGCCUUUACAUUUUUAAAUCCAUGGGUAGCAAUGGUUAUAAUGGGCGUAGGAUACUCACUUUUGGCUUGUGCACUUUGGCCUAUGGUUGCUAUUGAAAUUCCGGAACAUCAGUUAGGUACUGCUUAUGGAAUAAUGCAAUCCAUUCAAAAUUUAGGACUUGCCGUGGCAUCACUAUGCGCUGGAUACAUUGUAGAUCAAAAAGGAUAUUUAUUUUUAGAAGUGUUUUUCCUUGAUUGUAUAUGUAAAUUUGUUUUUGCAGAUGGGCGUCUUAAUUUAUCGGUUGCAGAAAGAACAUUGAGAGAGGAAGAACAGUUAAAUGCCGAAGCCAUAGAUAGGGAGAGACUUCUGGCGUCGGGAUUGAUGUCUGACGUCACUCCUCACGAUCUUCUCUGGACGCAUUCGGACUUUUCUAUCCGAAACAGGUUUUUGAGUCGAAUCGGCGCAAAGCUUCCGUCUCAUUACGACAUCGGUCUCAGGGCUCUCAUUCACCGGACGGGACUCAAAUGAGACCGGGUUAGUAGAAGGCACGUGAGAGAAAUCGUGGGAAGAUGCGACUGCCGUCCCCGAAAUUUGCCCUCUUUCUAAUGAAAACGAUCAUUAAUGACGAUAUGGACAAAUUGGCCCGAAGACCCUGUUGAUCCGGAUGUCGGGCAGAAGAUCAUCUCUUCUUUCAACCCGGGUUAAAUUCUUUGUUGAAUCGUGAUCAAAACCAAGGCGUGUUGAUGGAAAACGCCAAAUGUGGUUUUUAAAUUUUAAUAAAUUUAUACCAAAAUAACUUCUCAGUAUUUGUGUUGUCCUGGUACUAUCAAAUAGUAAUGAUCGUUACUGACAAUACAGAAAUUAAAUGGUGCGUUCAAUAGAAAACCAGAGAAGCACGAUUAACAGUUGGAAAGAUGAGUAAAGUCAGAGGCAAUAGUAAUUGCGACUGACAACACUGUUGACGUGCAAGAAGACUACAGACCGAUAAAAUGGUGCUGCCUCCAGCAGUGCACAAAGCAAGAGCAGUGUAGUUUCUGAUUUUUGACAAAAACCACUUGAAAUGGGCAUGUGUAGAUACAUUAAAAA